AUGUCCAUGCUCGACAAGUUCCGUAAGGGCGCCGCCAAGGCCGGCAUUCAGGCGACCGCAUUCAUCAAGGAGGGCUCCAACAAGCUCGCGAACGAGUCCCAGCAGUUCGUCCAGGGCUUCACCCUCCCCGGCGAGGCCGAGAAGUCGGCCAAAAUCCUCGAAAGCUUCCUAGCCGAUCCUGAACACCCGGAGUCCGCACUCAACGCCAUCCCCAAGGCCGUCCUCCAGCGCGCGCGCGGCCUCGCCAUCUUCUCCGUCAUCAAAGCCGGCUUCGUCUUCUCGGGCAAGGCGGGCUCCGGGAUCGUCAUCGCGCGCCUCCCCGACGGCUCCUGGUCCGCGCCGUCGUGCAUCGCGACCGGGGGCAUCGGCUGGGGCCUCCAGAUCGGCGCGGACAUCACCGACUUCGUCAUCGUGCUCAACAGCGAGGAGGCCGUCCGCGCGUUCGCCCUCGGCGGCAACGUCACCAUUGGCGGCAACAUCAGCGCCGCUGCGGGCCCGAUUGGCACCGGCGGCGCGGUGCAGGCGAGCCUCGCGCACCCGGCGCCGAUGUUCUCGUACUCGAAGUCGAAAGGUCUCUUCGCCGGGCUGUCGCUCGAGGGCACGGUGCUCAUCGAGCGCAAGGACGCGAACAAGGACUUCUACGGCUCGCCCGUGCCCGCGAAGGACAUCCUCUCCGGGCGCGUGCCCCCUCCCGAGGUCGCGUCGAAGUUGUACGAGGUCAUCGAGGCCGCGGAAGGCGUCGACGAGUCCGGCCUGCCCGAAAGCGCGUACGUGCCCACCGCGGCCGGGGACCACAUGGACAUCCGGCACGGGGGCACGGUCUUCGAUGCCGAGGGGCACUGA